UAUUUUUUGACACACGCCGUACAGAUCUGCUCUAAUAGCCUAUCGCAGUUUGAGACACUCACUUAACAGUCACACACACAUACGGCCAGAACCAAAAAAAGCAAACACUCCUCAACUCCACCGGUGGGGGGGACACAGAUACCAGAUGAGAUUUGUUUCCAAACGCGCACCGAUGGCGGUGUGAGGCGUUUUGGCUGAGAAGUACGCACGGUGCUGUGGAUUUGUGAACCUUUUUUGUGCAUCUUCUUCCUGUCUGGAUCUUGGUUGAGGGGAAAUAAACAAAGCUAUGGAUUACUCAGUCUGCCUACUUUUACUCCUGUCAACCAUUUCGUGUGUGUCGCCCGGACAAUUCCCAACGGCUCAGAUAAUAAAGGAAUGGGUGGACCAGAUGCAAAAAGAGUUGAUCACAUUAACAGACACAGCCACUGGUAUGAAGAACCUUAUACAGAUAUAUCAUAAACACAGUCCUCACUUCACCGUGGAGUCCAACAGUGCAACUGAACUGGUGGCGACAGCAGCUGGGAAUAUUGAGAAACUUCUGGCUAACCGUUCUGAAGCCUUAAAGAGGCUGGCAAAAGAAGCAGAAAAGUUUCAAACGGAGCACGAGUGGAGGGACGACAGCGAGAUCAACAAAAGUGUUUACUACAAUGCCAAAGAGGAUCUUAAUCAGACAGAGGAAGAAAAGAGAAAGAACAACCGAUAUAUUCCAGAUGAUUUCGAGAUAGACCCUGACUUCAAACGACUCGUCUCAUACAACACCACCGCUGUCCACAUCCCUACGGAUAUAUAUGAAGGCUCUACCAUCAUUUUGAAUGAGCUAAAUUGGACAGAGGCCUUGGAGGAGGUUUUCCGGAAAAACAAGGAGGAAGAUCCAUCACUCCUCUGGCAGGUGUUUGGCUCUGCCACCGGAAUGGCUCGGUACUACCCAGCAUCCCCCUGGAUGAACUCGAGCAAUUCAGCCAAUAAGAUCGACCUCUAUGAUGUACGCAGGCGACCAUGGUACAUUCAGGGGGCGGCGUCACCCAAGGACAUGCUGAUCCUGGUGGAUGCGAGUGGCAGUGUUUCGGGUCUCACCCUCAAACUCAUCCGAACAUCCGUCAGCAAGAUGCUGGAGACCCUCUCUGACGAUGACUACGUGAACGUGGUCUAUUUCAAUGACAAGGCCUCGUAUGCAUCAUGCUUUGAGAACCUGGUGCAGGCCAACGUCCGCAACAAGAGGAUGCUGAAAGAUGCUGUGCAGAACAUCACCGCCAAGGGUAUCACCAACUACAGAGGCGGCUUCGAGCUGGCCUUUGAGCAGCUCGCACAGAUGAAUGUGUCAAGGGCCAACUGUAACAAGAUUAUCAUGCUCUUCACUGACGGAGGAGAAGAGAAAGCAGAGGAGAUCUUUAAAAAAUACAACCCUAAUCAAGCGGUGCGCAUCUUUACAUUUUCAGUGGGUCAACACAACUACGACAAAGGACCAAUACAGUGGAUGGCCUGCACUAAUAAAGGUUACUACUAUGAGAUCCCCUCUAUAGGUGCCAUCAGGAUCAACACUCAGGAGUACCUGGAUGUUUUGGGCAGGCCUAUGGUUAAGGAUAACAAAAAGGCAAAGCAGGUUCAGUGGACCAACGUCUAUCUGGACGCACUGGAGCUUGGCCUGGUGAUCACUGGAACUCUGCCUGUCUUCAACAAGACCAACACAGGCUCAAAGAAAGCACAGAAAUUUCAAAACCAACUCAUCUUGGGAGUUAUGGGUAUAGAUGUCUCCCUGGAAGAUAUCAAAAGACUGACGCCGCGGUUUACAUUUGGACCAAAUGGCUACUACUUUGCCAUCGACCCCAAUGGAUAUGUGCUGCUCCACCCUAAUCUCCAGCCACUGACUGCCAAGUUUCAUGAACCUGUAACAUUGGACUUCCUGGAUGCAGAGCUGGAGAAUGAGAUCAAAGUGGAGAUAAGAAAACAAAUGAUCGACGGUCAAACAGGGAAUUACACUAUAUCUACACUGGUGAAAUCCCAAGAUGAGCGUUACAUUGACCUAGGUCAGAGGACGUACACGUUUGCACCAGUGAAGGGGUCAGAUUACAGCCUGGCCCUCGUCCUUCCUGAGUACAGCAUGCAUUACAUUCGGGCCAACAUCGGCGACACCAUCACCCAGGCAAAAUUUUCUGAAAGCCUGCUGGCGGACAAGUUUGAUGAAUAUGGCUAUACAUUUAUUGCACCGAGAGUGUACUGUAAGGACUUAAAGCCACCUGACAAGAACAAAAACAACACUGAGUUCCUCAUGGAGUUCAACAAUUACAUUGACACAAAGACUCCAAACCAUCCCUUGUGUAAUGUGGAGCUGGUGAACCGAUUGCUCCUGGAUGCUGGCAUCACCACGGAACUCCUCAAGAUUUGGAAACAAAAUGAAUUGCAGCAUGGUGUCUUGGCCAGAUUUGUUGCCACCGAUGGAGGGAUCACACGGGUCUACCCCAAAAGUGCUGGGCUGUCCUGGGAAGAAGAUGCAGAGACGUAUGAGUCCAGUUUCUAUAAGCGAAGUUUGGAUAAUGAUUUGUACAUCUUCACUCCAACCCACCUUAAAGAGAACACAAGUGAUGACUCAGUCCUGGUGAGCAGAGCAGUAAACAUCGAGAUUAAUGAUAUCACACUCAAACCAGCUGUGGUCGGUGUGAAGUUGGACAUUAGUGCCUGGAUGGCGAGCUUCAUCAACACCACGCAGAGGAUGAAUUGCAAUGAUGAGAUCUGUGGCUGUCAACGGAACGAUCCGUAUAUAGACUGUGUCAUUCUGGAUGACGGGGGCUUCCUGGUGAUGUCCAAUCAAGAUGAUGAUAUUGCAAAGAUUGGGCGUUUCUUUGGAGUUAUUGACCCGAUCCUCAUGAAAAAUCUGGUCAACUCAUCCCUGUUCACCUUUAAGAAGACCUUCGACUACCAGUCGCUCUGUGACCCCAAGAAAGAGAGCAAGGCGGCUGCAGGCCUGCGAUCCGUCUACGUGCCCACAAUUGCAGAUAUUUUGAAUUUAGGAUGGUGGGCGACAGCUGCCGCCUGGUCAAUACUGCAACAAUUACUGGUCAGCGUCACAUUCCCCAAUUUCCUGGAUGCAGCCGAGAUGGAUGAUGAGCUAUCAGAUGCCAUGCUUAAAGAGGUCUGCAUCACAGAGCAAACUCAGUACUACUUUGAGACCAACAACCCAUCUUUCAGAGGCAAUAUCGACUGUGAAAACUGCACCAGGAUCUACCAUGCUGAAAAGCUGCCCAAGACGAACCUGGUCUUUAUCAUUGCUGAUGCAAAACUCACCUGCUCGUCCUGUGACACCAAGCUGUUAAUACAGGAUGAACAGCAGUCUGAUGGUCCUGAUCCCUGCGAACUGGCUCACAAUCCUCGGUACAGGAAAGGGCCCGCAGUCUGUUUUGAUAGCACUGAAAACGAUGAGGCCAUGUGCCGAAGGAGCGCAGGCUCCCCAUUGGCUUCCUCUCUGCUCAUGUUACUGCUGCCACUGUUCAUGUGCUAUCUCGGGAGCAGGACCCUGACUGUGGCGGGGUGUCCAGCCUGAGCCCCUCACUUUGGCUAAUGGUGGCACUUCAGCUAGUGCUCCUCUGGGUUUUGACUGGCUCCAGACACCAUGCCAUCCCAUCAUGACCUCUAAACAUCAUGAUCACAUCGUCUGUCCUUCUCUCUCCCUCCGAUAUGUCCAAAAUGGCAACCAGCAUGCAAUGCUGCCACCGAAAUGACAAACGCCUGAUGAGAAGCGCUUGUAACAAACAAACAAAAACCUGUGAGCCCUACGUCCUGCCCGUUUCUUCUUUUGAUACGUUCCUUUUCAGGGGUUUCUCUAAGUGAUUUCACCAGGUGCAAGGGUACAAGUUAUGAAAGAAGUGUGUAAUGGAAGAAAUCGGUUUGAAAGAUGAGAAAGAACUCGACCUAUGCCUAUCCUUCAUCCCGUCAAUGGUUCCCGCCAUCUGAGAUUAAAGGAAUCCAGAGAAUAAUUUUGAUUGGCGACUUUUUCUGGCUUGAUGUCAUUGAUGAAAGAUAUCGGACUGCCUUAUAGUGUCAGAGGGAUUUAAAUCACAAUGGGGGGGACUUUCUGUUUAUUUAAAUGUUGAGCAGUUUUAUUCACCACUGCCAGAAACAGCGCUGCCCUUUGCAAGCGUAUAUUAUUUUGAAUCGAUUUGCAGUGGCUAGUUAUAGGUAUUUAUUGUUUUGUGGUUGAGAAUUCGGCUAAGAUUGCAGUAACAGACGCCAAAUUGUUACAUUACAAGCUUAUGCCCUUCAUUUGCCUUUGUUGGGUUGCUGAUAAUAAUGUUGCAGUAUCUCUGAGGGUUCACAAGAUGCAUUGUCUUUACUUUCACCCUGGUGUUCUUUCAUGUAGAUACUGUAUUUGCAGUGUGGAAAUCAUGUUCAUUGUUAUGUUUAUGCAUAGACACCAACACUUCAACUGCCACAGAGCGCCUGCUUCUGAGUGUACGGAUUUUAACUUUGUAGCUGAUCAUCUAACCAUCAGCCCUGAUCAAGAGUGGUCAAUUAUCUGGAUUUCCCACCUUGGUGUUGGAUUGCUCCAAUGAAAACUUUGUUGCCAUAGUGCGCAUUAACUAGUCAGGAUGAGCCUGGCUGGUGUCCUAUGCAUGCUCAUUGGACAAAAUCUCUAGUGCCAUGUGGACUGUGUGAGUCAGCUGAACCCUUUAGCUUUGUAGACUGUGGCUAGCAUGCUACUCUAUGUUUUAUUGCCACCACUAAAGAAAAGGAACGAGGGAGGUAUCAGAAUUUUAAUUGACAUUUUGGUCAGGAAAAACAGGAACACAGUACAUUUGUAUUCGCUGCUGUCACUUUGUAAAUUAAAUGACUACUAUCUGCACUGCAAUUCAAAGUGCAGCUGUUAUUUGUCUUUACGGAUUGAUCUCCUGACAGAAGUGGAACCUCUGUCUCUUUGUAGUAGUGAGGUUCCCUCUUGCAGUUUAUUAUACUGUGGUAUGAUAUCACCCAGCAGAAACCACUUCAGUCAGUCCAUUCUUAUGAUCCUGUCUACUGCUGUAUUUCAUUGUCUCCAAUAUAAGUUGAUCUUGUUUCAUUUUGUGUGCCUUCUUUUCCAUUAGAUGUAUUUACAAAACACCCUAACUUAAGUGUGAUGAUGAUGAUGAUUUACUGUAGAUGGUUUAAUUCAAAUAGUGUAAUCUUGUUUGCCAGAGCACAGAGCAGUUCAGAUUUAUUAACAAAUGCUCGAAUCAGCCAAACCACUGCUGCAGAGGAAAAGAAAUCUGCCAAAAUAAUAAAUAAUAACACAUUUUACAGGACCAAAUCCAGACUAUUAACGCUGCUAAAUAUUAAUAUGGAACAAAUUAUAAUAAAUGAUUAAUUAACUAUCAGCAAGGAUAAGAGUAAAUAACUCACUUUAUUCAUUUCAAAAAUAUGAAUCCAUCCCAAAGAUGCAAUAUGUAGAAAAGGACAUGAUGUUUUGUUGCGGUUAAUUAAUAUAUUUACACAAUAUUGAGAACUAAAAAGACAUAAAUUCAAUUAGGCAGGAAAUAAUAUGUCAGGCAGGAAGCUUGUCUGUAAUUGUUGUAAAAAUAAGCUUUAAAACCUUAAUACAAAAAUGUCAUUUUUACUUAAACCAGCUGCACUUGAUGGUUUGUUUGUCACUGCUGUCGAUGAGUAAUUCUACAGUUGGUUCCAGGCAAGAAUUGACAAUCACAGGUUAAAAUAAAAAAAAGACAGAAACCUAAAUGAACCUUCAUGUUACAACUGUUAAGUAAUACUUCAAAGAUGCACUCCAUGGUUUUACCCCAAACCCCCAAAUUUCCCUUUAACAUUUUAAAUUUCAGAUUCAAAACAACAGAGGAAGUAAUUUGGGGAUUUUGGGGGACAUUAUGUACACCAAUGAAAACAAAACCAGGGAGUGGAUCUUUUUAUAAGAGUCUGAUCUAUAAACACUGACGCAUGUUUGCAGGAAACUACUUAAUUCUGUGGGGGAGUGAAAACCACAGAAACUAAGCUGUGUGCACCACAUUGCCACUAACAUUUGUCUCACCCUCUUCCGAAUUUUAGAUAAAUAAUUAUUGUGACAUCAUACAACAAUGUCAGGUUUUAUAUUAUAAGCAUUCCUCCAAGUCAAAUCAAGGAGUGUUUGUUUGUCCAUCUCAUUUUGUGGCAAAGCUCCACCACCACCAUCAUCUUUCCACUGGUGUGAGGUGCACUUUUUUCUAUCAAUGUUUUCCUCUAUCUUAAACUAUAACCUUCCAACAAAAACAAUGUGGUGAAACUAACAAUGGUAUUUAUGCUCCUCACAUACUAACACUCAAGAAUAUCAAGUGCCAUAUAGGACUCUCUUAUUCUCUUGUGGAGAAACCUAUUAUCGUAAUAUAACAUUUAUGCAAUUUACCAAGGUAAGAUGUAAGUCUCAUAAAUUGUUUCCCUGUGCUGCAUGGUAGUGGCUGACAAUUUGAUUAAAAAAAAAAAAAAAAAACAUAUCCAGUGUGCUCCUGCUUUAGUGUGUAAUGUUGGGAAGCAUAAUAUUCUGGAUGUCAGGCAUUUGUUUAUGAUAUGAUAAGGUAUGAUCAGCUAUUACUGCCUUUCUCUUGGGGGGACAGCAUUUGGCUCCAUCCUGGUCUGAGUCAGCUGGGGAAAGGGAACCUGAUUGGCCAGCGUGAUGUUUGAAUGCACUAUCUGUCUGAUUGGUUCACGCCACGUAUGAUUCACUACUAGUUACUAGGACCAUACCAGUAAUUUAGCUGGUGUCAGACCAGUUACUACAAAUCCUAAAUACCUUACAUUACUGCUCAUUAUUUUGCAAACCAUGUGGAAGUGUUUCACAUAUUCAUUGCUAAUGUUGGUCCACCACUUGGGUCCCGACUAAAAUAUCUCAACAGCAAUUGGAUCGAUUGUUUUGAAAUUUUGUGCAGACAUCCAUUGUUCCGAGAUGAUGGAUCUUGAUUACUUUUUCCCCCUGAUUUUUACUCUAGUGCCACCAUAAGCUUCUCAUUUGUGGCUUUGAGUAAAAUGUUUCAACAGCUAUUGCACUGAUUGCACUUUUCAUCCAGUGCCCCCAUCAGGCUAAAACUUCAAUGUGUCUAAAUACCCUCAAAGCUAAUGACAUUACCAUUAGCCUCAGCUGUGCUUUUUGUUUAGUGCUAAAAAAAGGAAUGUUAGCUGUCUAUCACACUAAACUAACAUUGGGAACAUGGUAAACAUCAGCUUAGCAGCCACGCAGCUGCUAGCCUGUCCGUAGACUCUAGUCUUGUUUGUGUGCUUUUCCUACUUCCAGGCAGGCAUUUGUUACGAUUCAUUUGCAUACAGUAUAUAAAUCAAAUUGCAGAUUCUCGUUGCAGGUUUGAAGAGUAAAUAAUUGAUUUCUAAGCUGUACAGAAAUGAAUGGAAACCAAUGGCUGCCUGGAAAGUAAUGGAAUUUUAGUUAAGAGGCUGAACUAGCAAAAACACUGGUAUGGUCCUUUUAAGUCAUUUCGUGCAAAGACAUACAUUGGACUGAUGAAACCGUGAAAUGGAAAUUCACACCACCUAAAAUGCUCCAAAUGGAUCCUUUUAGAAAUGCACAGAAAACACUGGAGAAUGAACAUGAGCUCCAUACUCGUCCAGAUGUUCCAUUCUACUCUUAAGUGCUAAAAUCAGAUGCUGUCACCUCAGGAAUAAUAUUCUCUCGAUGUGAUAUGAAGUGUUUUUGAUUCUGUUGGUGCUCUCUGUAUGGAUUCUGUGGGUUGGCCUUUUUAUUUCUGGAAUCUUGAGGAUUGCUUAAUGUGUGUUUUUUGUGUCUGUUACCUUUGUUGCCACUCUUUGGCAGAUGAUUGGCCAGCCUGUCAGUCAAUCUUCCUCUGCCUUUGGUUUUAAGGCAGGCUCUUGAUGGAAGUGUCCACCAAGUCACCCCUCGCCAGACUCCGCUUUGGAAGGGUCUUGGUGGGCCUCUCUGUCAGUCUCCCUCGAUUGUGCUUUAAUAUGUCACACUUUAGUGGAACCUGAUUCUCCAGAAUCAGUCAUGUAAAAAUUUGUAUAAAACGGAUGUUGUUCUCAACAAGAAGAAAAAAGAACAAUGUUUAUAAUCCAGGGGAGUAAAAAUGUGUUUAUUCAUGUGCAAAUAAGGUAUAUUCAGAAUAAAAGUUUAUGAUUACUA